AUGGCGCCCGAAGUUGUGUACUCCUCCGGGAAGGACAUGCUGGCGCUUGGGCCCACCAAGUUCCACCAAGACAUCGCCGGCAAAGUUGAGACCGCGCUCGGCGACUCCUUCCCGCGAAUGGGCACUCGGUUCAAGCACGUGUCGCUGUCGGCCGAUCUCGUUAGCCUCCAGCCCACGGACUCUCACAUUGCCAACGCGCAACGCGAACUCCCAACGCUCACCAACCAAGUCAUGAAAUCCGUCGCGGCCAUCUCCGCCAAGAAGCACACGGUGCGCAAGCACAUUCUGCGCGACGUCACGGGAUCAUUUCGCCCCGGGACUAUCACGCUCGUGCUCGGGCAAUCCGGGUCGGGCAAGUCGGCGCUCAUGAAGCUGCUUAGUGGGCGCUUCCCCUUGGACAAAGAGAUCAAUCUUGAGGGCGAGAUCGAGUACGACGGGGUCCCUCGCGAGGUUCUCUUGAAGAGGUUGCCCCAGUUUGUCGGCUACGUGACCCAAACCGACACGCAUCUGCCCACUUUGACCCGAGACCUGGAGCGGCAACUCAUUCAUGGAUCACCGGAAGAGAACGGACUGGCGGUUAAGGCGGCACGCAGCGUCAUUCAUCACUUCCCCGACAUCGUCCUGCGGUCUCUCGGUCUUGAAUCGUGCCAGAACACCAUCGUAGGCAACGCCAUGUAUCGCGGCAUCUCGGGCGGAGAGAAGCGACGAACGACAACGGGCGAGAUGGAGUUCGGUGUCAAGUACGUGUCGCUCAUGGACGAAAUCAGCACGGGGCUCGAUAGCGCCGCCACCUUCGACAUUGUUGCGGCUCAACGAAGUAUCGGCAAGACACUGAACCGAACUGGACGAAUCUUGUAUCACGGACCCACAGCAUCGGCGAAGGAUUACUUCGCGUCGCUGGGGUUAGUCUGUCCGUCUGGGAAAGACAUCGCCGACUUCCUCUGUGAACUCGCUACUCCCGACCAAAGCGUGUACGAGUCCGUGCAGUCGAUUCCAGGUCGUAUCGCACCUCCACGCACUGCUCACGACAACGUCACGAGGAGGUGCAUGGCCGACGUACCGGAGUUCCAGCAGAGUCUCCUGGCCAGUUUGCGGACGCUUCUGAAGCGUGAAGCCAUUCUGAGCAAGCGCAACGACGCGUUCAUGGAUCUGGCGGACGCUCAAGUCUCGAUGGGCGUCAUCUUCGCGGCGUCCCUCUUUCUUGGUCUCGGUCAAGACGCAAACCUCGUCGUAUUCUACGACGCGCGUAGUGUCUUCUACAAGCAGCGAACCGCCAACUUCUACCGCACCGCUGCAUAUGUACUCGCGUGCUCGCUGAUCCAGAUUCCGCUGGCCCUAGCGGUGAGUCUCAUCUUCGGGUCGCUGGUGUAUUGGCUUGGAGGUUUGGUGCACGAGGUGGGGGCGUUCCUCCUCUUCGAGUUCUUCCUCACUCUCACCAUCUUAGUGUUCGCAGCCAUGUACUUCCUCAUUGCAGUGAGUCAGUAUCGCAGCAGCAAGCUCGACGUCCGCGUCUACAAGGGCGUGGACUACUGCUCGACCUACGGCCACACCAUGGGCGAGUACUCGCUCGGUCUGUUCGAUGUGCCCUCCGACAAGACGUGGGUGGUCUACGGCGUCGUCUACUUGGUCGCGACGUACGCCGCGAUCAUGACGAUCUCGUACUUCGUUCUGGAGUAUCACCGCUACGAGCGGCCCGAAAAUGUGGCACUGCCUCACGACGAGUCUGUGGACGAGGUGCCAGCGGAAGCAGCGUACAAUUUGCUAGCUUCACCGCACGCGAGUAAACCCGAGAACGAGCUUGGUAUUGGCGAUGAUGACGUCGUUGUCAAUAUGAAGACUUCGACGCACCAAAUCAAGAUUCCGCCCGUGGUCGUCGCGUUCAAAGACUUGUGGCACACCGUCUCGGUGCCUGGCGGUCGAGGCCAGCCUGCGAAGAACGUCGACUUGCUCAAGGGGAUCACCGGAUACGCCUUGCCAGGGACGAUGACAGCGCUCAUGGGAUCCACUGGAGCUGGCAAAACCACGCUCAUGGACGUGAUCGCGGGUCGGAAGACGGCAGGCAUCAUCAAGGGCGAUAUCCUGCUCAACGGGUUCCCGGCCACCGACUUGAGCAUCCGCCGCUGCACCGGGUACUGCGAGCAGACCGACGUCCACUCCACCGCUUCGACGUUCCGCGAGGCGCUAACGUUCUCGGCGUUUCUCCGCCAGGACGCUACAGUCCCCGACAGCGUCAAGUACGACACGGUGGACGAGUGUCUGGAGCUGCUCGGGCUUGACGACGUCGCCGACCACAUCAUCCGUGCCAGCUCCAUGGAGAAGAUGAAGCGCCUCGCGAUCGGCGUCGAGAUGGCUGCGCAGCCGAGCGUGCUGUUCCUGGACGAGCCGACCAGCGGCCUGGACGCGCGCUCCGCCAAGUUGAUCAUGGGCGGCGUGCGUCGAGUGGCCGACUCGGGACGAACCGUGCUGUGCACGAUCCACCAGCCGUCGUCGGACGUCUUCUCUCUCUUCGACAGCUUGCUGCUGCUCAAACGAGGGGGUGAGACGGUGUACUUUGGUGAAUUAGGGCGUGGGGGCAGCUCGAUAGUCCGGUACUUUGAGGCCAUCCCGAGUGUCCCUCGCAUCGAGAAAGGCUACAACCCGGCCACGUGGAUGCUGGAAGUGAUCGGAGCCGGCGGGGAUAGCGUCACCACCGACUUUGUGUCAGUCUUCAACGCGAGCUCCAACAAGGCGCUUCUGGACGCCAAACUCGCGGAGUCGGGGCUCUUCCAGCCGUCGACGGAGCUGCAGCCCCUGAACUACGCGGGCAAGCGCGCGGCCGGCAACGCCACGCAACUGCGCUUCCUGCUGCGGCGCUUCUUCACCACGUACUGGCGCACGCCGUCGUACAACCUGACGCGCCUCGGCAUCUCGCUGCUGCUGGGCUUCAUCUUUGGCUUCGUCUACCUGGGCGCCGAGUACGACACGUACCAGGGCAUCAACAGCGGCCUCGGCAUGGUCUACCUGUCCACCAUGUUCGUCGCGCUGGUGUCCUUCAUGAGCGGACUUCCGCUGGUGUACGAGGAGCGCGUGUGGUUCUUCCUGAGCUUCAGCCUCGUGGAGAUCCCGUACGUGUUGGCUGGCGCGCUGCUCUUCACGGUCGUGUACUACCCCAUGGUGGGGCUCGGAGGCCUGGCCGAGGCCGCACUCUACUGGGUCAACCUCGCGCUGCUGAUCCUGUUCGAGGCGUACCUGGCGCAGCUGGCCAUGUUCUCGUCCCCGACCAUGGAGCUCGCGACCAUCCUCGGCGUCAUGAUCAACGCGUUCGGGCUCAUGCUCACGGGCUUCAACCCUCCGGCGCUGCAGAUCCCGGCGGGCUACAAGUGGAUCUACGACGUCUGUCCGCACCGCUACAGCUUCUCCGUGCUGGUGGCCAUCGUCUUCGGCGACUGCUCGGACGCGCAACUCGGCGAGAUCGCGCUGGCCAGCGCUGAUAACACCAGCGCGCUGGACCUCUCGAGCUACCCGUUGGGCUGUCGAGUCGUGCAGAACGCGCCUGCGAGCGUGGGCGAGAUCCCAGUCAAGCUAUACGUGGACGAGGUCUUCGGAGUCAAGCACGAGCGCAUUGGAGAGUACAUUGGCGUCUUCGUGGCCAUCCUGCUCGUCUUUCGAGCGCUCACAGCGUUGGCCAUGCGCUUCGUCAACCACCAGCAGCGCUAG